UUUUUUUCCACUUUUCGAGCUUGUGCUUUGCUCUUGUUAUCAACUAAAAUCUUAUCUCACCAAAACUGGUGUGCCUCCAGCUUCUAUAUAGUUCUGGCCUUCCCUAUACUUACGUACAGACAGAUAGUCGCAAGUCAUCGUUACCGGUUUUUUCAGAAAAAAUAGCCAGAAAAUGUCGACGCGAAGGAGAAACGAAUACAAACUGCAUUAUUUCAAUAUGAAGGGACGCGGAGAGCUUGCUCGUUUGAUCAUGGCCUAUGCCAAAGUUCCCUAUGACGACAUUCGCUACGAAAAUGCUGAUUGGCUCCAGCAUAAGGACCGAAUGCCUAAUGGCCAGCUGCCCGUGCUCGAAUGGAAAGGUCAGCUCUUGCCGCAGAGUCUCGCUAUUGCUCGUUUUCUGGCCCACCGUCACAACUUGGCCGGCACAGACGAAUGGCAAUGGGCCAAGAUCGAUGCAAUGACCGACACCAUCAAUGACACACUCGGUGAGGCGAGGCCGAUUUUCAUGGCCGGCGAGGAUGAAGGAAAAAAGAAAGAAGCGGUUGAUAGUUUCUUGAAGAAUGCCAUCGAACCGCUGUUCAAGCGGUUGGACAAGAUGUUGGAGGACAAUGGUAGCGAUUACCUCAUCGGCAAUCAAUGCAGCUUGGCCGAUUUGGCGCUCUUCAGCUGUUAUGACUUUGCUGCUGGACUGUGUGGCGAUCGUCUACCCAAGUGUCAACACGUAGCGGCUUUGCACGGCCGAGUAGGCCAGAUCCCAGCCAUCAAAAACUGGGUUGAGAAACGUCCAGCGACUCCUUUUUAAAAGAGUAAAACGAAUGGGUCUAAUACACCGACGAGCAAAAGUA